AUGGCUACAAAACCUUUCGAUGAGAUGAAGGUAAACUGGAUCACCCAGCCAGAUAUGCUUGGGAAAGCUACAGUAGGUGUGACUCUCUGUCUUGGUGUGCUUUCUACACUCCUUGUCAUUGUGCGUGUCUGGACACGCCAACACACACGUGCCAUCGGUGUUGAUGAUUAUUUAAUGGUGGCCGGCUUAGCCAUCUUUAUAGCAUGCUGCAUAUCUACUUCAUUUGCUGUCUACGCUGGGAUGGGCACUAUAGACUCCCGAUUACAGGAGUGGAAUAAAGUCGCAGGCACCAAGGGAUUUGUGCUUUUCCAAGUAACUUACUCGUGGAGUUUGCCUUUCGUCAAAUCUAGCAUUUGUUUCACCGUUUUUCGAAUAACGACCCACAAGAUAUACCGCUUCAUCCUCUGGGGCGUUAUGAUUGCUUCCACUCUCAGCACCACGGUGGGUUUCAUCGCGGUUGUUGCAUCUUGUCGACCUAUCAGUUACACAUGGGACAAGUCUAUCCGCGGAAAGUGCGCGCCUGCGGAGAUAAUUACUUGCAUUAGCUACGUCGUAUCUGUACUGGUAAUCGUCACUGACUGGACAUGCGCUAUCGUGCCCACUGUUGUCAUAUGGAGGUUGCAAAUGAAAUCGCGCGUCAAGGCCUCUGCUUGUGCCAUUCUUGCACUUGGCGCGAUUGCAAGCGCUGCAACCAUAAUCCGCCUUCCAUACCUCCAAUAUUAUUCCAAGCCAGAGGAUUACCUUUAUGCGGUCGCAGAUAACAUGGCCAAGAUUGUAAUCUGGUCAAUUUUCGAAUGUGGGAUUGGCAUCAUCGCAGGCUCACUGCCCUCACUCCGGCGACUCCUCAGGUCCUGGAUCGACAAGUCCUCUUAUGGCUCACAUAGCAAUGACAUAUCAAAUUACCUAAACACUGGUUCUGCUUGUCCCGGUACCAACGACAUGCAAUUGGAUAGUCUCGGCAGAAGGGGGAACACGUUUUCAAACUGUCAAACCGGUCACCGCGACACGUGGGACCAGCUUGACGACGACAACAGCCAAAGGAACAUAAUCAUCAAAACUCAGGAGGUAUCUGUUGAAAUUAGCAAGUGCCCGGAACAGAACAGCAGUAGAAAGGGUCUUUCGUUUUCUUAA